AUGGACCCUGCUGCCCCUGCUGCUGUCCCUGCUGCUGCCCCCCUUGACCAGGCCCUGGCCCAAGCCCCUGCCCUAGCACAAAUCAAUGGACAAGAAGGUGCUGGGAAUGAACGAGAACCUUAUCUUUGGAGACCCUGGCUGUCUUCUGUAAACGACCAGCCAAGGCAGGCAAGGAGUCUCGUGGACUGGGCUGCUGGUGGGACAACAGCUGCUGAGUCCACCAAGGCUGACUCUGAGUUCCAUCAUCCUGUCAGGCUCUACUGGCCUAAGUCCCGCUCCUUUGACUACCUGUACAGUGCUGGGGAGAUAUUACUGCACAACUUCCCUGUCCAGGCCACCAUCAACUUAUAUGAGGAUUCCAACAGUGAAGACGAUGAGGAAGACAAGGAGGAUGAGGAAGACAAGGAGGAUGAGGAAGACAAGGAAGAUGAGGAAGACAAAGAGGAUGAGGAAGACAAGGAGGAUGAGGAAGAGGAGGAAGAGGAAUACUUCAAUGAAAGUGAACCAGAAGGAUGUAUGGGGGCACCAGAGGCCGCACCAUACAAGGCCACAGCUCAUUCCCCUGACCCACACUCAACCUGUCCAAAUUGAAGCAAUCCCAGUUAUGCUUGGCAAGUUUCCAAGGGCAUUGAUUAGCAAAGAGUCUCCAGACACAGCUUUUCUGGAUUGAAACCAGUGUCCUCAGGCUGUCUAGCUCACCCUGGCUUUCCUGACUGGCCUGCAAGUCUAGGCCUCUGGCAUGUUCUUGUCUGGGCUGCUCUUGUGCCAAUAGUAGGAGGCUCCUCAGGCCUGGAAGGGAAUAGGGAAGGCUUGAUUUCUGAAGCCCUCAUGAAGUAGAGCAGGAAGGAUGCCCUUG